GAUGCGGCUGCAGUAGGAAGGACUCGGGGAUGCUCUGCUCUGCUUCCAGCGCUUGUCCAGCACCACCAGCAGCAGCACCACCACCACCAGCAGCUGCAGCAGACCACGGGCGCUUGGACACGUCUUGCCCCUUGUCUCUCCUCUCUGCACCGGGCUUCUCCUCCUUCCUCUCCGCGCUCCUGGCAUGCGCUGGUGCCGCAGGGUGUGUUUACAGCAGGCGCGUUCCUCCUUCGGUUCCCCGGGCCGGACCACAGCUCUAUCAUAUGGAACCAAAGCGAAUGUGAUUUGAGCGUGUAGCCUCCACAUCUCCGCUCCUCUCCUGGCUCCCCUCCCUCCUCCCGCCGCCGCCAUGAGCUCCUCUCCACUGGGCUCCCGGGACCGCGUGGAGCGUGUGGAGCGCAUGGACAUCCUCGAGGAGCUGCAGCUGAUGGCAGCGCAGAACCUGGAGCGACUGGAGGUGAACAAGUACUACGAGGUGAUAGGAGAGCUGGGCAAGGGCACGUACGGCCGCGUCGACCUCGUCAUCCACAAGAUCAGAGGCACAAAGAUGGCUCUGAAGUUCCUGAAGAAGAAGAGCACAAAGCUGCGCUCGUUCCUGCGCGAGUACAGCAUCUCCUUGUACCUGUCGCCCUGCCCCUUCAUCAUCAACAUGUUUGGGAUCGCCUUCCAGACCGACGACGCCUACGUCUUCGCCCAGGAGUACGCUCUGGCGGGAGACCUCUUUGACAUCAUCCCCCCACAGAUUGGUCUCCCUGAGGUGGUGGCUAAGCGCUGUGUGCACCAGGUUACCAUGGCGCUAGACUAUCUGCACUGUAAAAAACUGGUUCACAGAGACAUCAAGCCCGAGAACAUCCUCAUCUUCGACCGCGAGUGCAGGAAGGUCAAACUCUCCGACUUUGGGAUGACGAGGCGCGCCGGCUCUCCGGUCAAACGGGUGAGUGGCACUAUCCCGUACACGGCCCCAGAGCUGUGUGACGCGUCCCGUCAUGAGGGCUUCUGUGUGGACUACAGUACGGACGUGUGGGCCUUUGGAGUUCUGCUCUUCUGCAUGCUCACGGGGAACUUCCCCUGGGAGAAGGCCCUGCCCGGGGACACCUUCUACCAAGAGUUUGUGCGCUGGCAGAGGAGGAGGAGCACGACGGUGCCGUCCCAGUGGAGGAGGUUCACUGAGCAGGCCCUGAGAAUGUUCCGACGCCUCCUGUUUGUGGAGCAGGAGCGUCGUUGCUCUGUCAAAGAGGUCUUUGUCUACUUCAGCCACACAUGGAUGUUAGAUACAGAAAACAACAACAAUGGGAACGCUAAUGGGAACGCCAAUGGGAACGCCAACAGCAAUACUGUCAACAACGGAACCAACCAGAACCAUGUGUCCUCUUCAUCCUCAGUUGAGGAGGAUGAGGAGCUGCUGGUGGAGAGGAUGAAGCAGCAGACUCUGUCUCCCAUGUCCCCACUGUCCCCUAUGUCCCCUGUGGCUGUGGACAGAAGUGCAGGAAGUGGUGGAGCUAAAGGAGCCAUGAUGGAUCCACCCGCGAGCGGCCAUUUUGUGUCAGUGUCCACAAAUAGCUCAGUGUCAUCCACCACCAGCUACGAGAGGGUGCCCAGGGAAGGUGGGUCUCCGGGGGGGCGCAUGCUCGUGGCCACGCCUAUCGAGAUCUGCGUCUGAGCGGCGCUUGCAGUGGGGAGGGGGUGGAGCUACAAAUCUGUUCCUUUGUAGUUCAAAUGAAGGGCAGAGACAAAAGGACACGAGUGACACUGACUUUAAAUUUUGUCUUUUCCGUGACUGUCCUGAAAAUUGUUAUUUGUGCUCUUUGGAUUUUAGCUCUCGAAAAGUUCUACCACAAAAGAAUACCUCUGCUCUGUGUCCAAACAAAGAAGCUUAGACUAAAGACAUGUACAUAAUCAGUCCUCGGUCAUAUCUCCGAUGGCCUGAGGACACAGGAGGACUUUAUCCAAAUAUCAUUUAGAGCCUGUGGACUAAGAACUGAUGCUUCCAGAGAAGUUCAACCAUGAAAAGAAGACCAAAUGUUUCCUUUUUUUCUUAAAGCAAUACUUCCAGCAAAAAAUAACGGUUGACCCAAGAGUUUUGAGUUUAUGCCACGGCACAAAGACAAGAUUCUGUUCCUCAUUUUUAACUUCAUCCAAAUGUUUAUGUGACUCUACAAUUCUCCACCGUGUGUUUUUGUUGUGUAGAUUCUCCUUUAACCUUUUCAAUUUUGAUUAACAUUAGUGUUUUGUAUUUUCAAUAUUUUUACUAUUUAAAUUUUUCAUUCCACAAACAGAUCUAUUUUCUAACAGAUUUAGUUGCACAGUUAAUUUGCCAUCUUCAUCUGAAAAUCCAUUUACACUUUGAAAGG